UUGAGUGACUCUGUCAAGGUCAAUAUUGAUGUUGACUUUAAGUUUAACCUGGAGGAGGAUGAGUACUUAUCCGAAAGAAACACCAUCUAUAAUCUUCUCAACAAUUUUUCAGACGUUGGUGGUAUGACCAUCUCACGGAAAACUCUUAAGUUAAUCUAUAGACUCCGACACAUGAACCCACUACCCAAAUUUCGUGACUUGACCCGUCUGCGUAUUACUAUGUCCUUAAACUCCUCACUAGAACUUUUGCCAAUAGUUCUUGAGAGAUGCCCGAAUCUGAAACGCUUGAUCUUGAAACUCGAUUAUAAUGAUUAUCGAGAGGCAGUGGCAGAGGCAACGGAAAUAAAUCUUUCGAAUGUGCUGUCUAAUUCUUUGGUAUCGUCACUUGAAUAUGUUGAAAUUAAAAGCCCGACCAAGGAGAAACCGAUAACGACAUGGAGACUGGUUAGAUACUUUCUGGGAAACGCUACAUUACUCAAGAAGCUAGUUCUACGUCUGAAUGUUUCUGAUACCAGAGAGAAACACGAUCCUGCUUACUUGAAAGAGUUCUUUGACUCUGAGAGACGCUCUCAUUUGUGUCAAUUU